AGUCUUUUAGUCUGCUGGUUGUCUUCUGCGCCUCAUUGAAACUGCAUGGUGCGUGGUAUGUAAUUCAACAUUACACGUGGAUUCACCAACUUCAUUGAACAUCAUUUUACGAAAAACAACUAACAACUACAGUGAAGGAAACCUUUUGACAAUUGUGUGCUGGUGACAUUUUAGAUAUAACAAAUUGUCUCCUAUUACGCAUGCUGGUUUUGUCGUUGUAUGACUAGUGAACUUCUGACAGGUGUUUCAAAACUAGCAUCUACAAUUGGAAAAAUCCAUUGACAGUUGAGCAAUUUUUGUUGUCUACUUACAUAUCCAAACAUGGCAAUGUUAGCUGAACCAAAGCGAAAGAAGAAGUGGAGUUUGAAUCCUCGUGGAAAGCAGUGGUCCAAUGAUGACACCAAAAUUGGGCAGAAGCUGUUGGAGAAAAUGGGGUGGGCAAAAGGCAAAGGUCUUGGUCGUGAAGAACAAGGAGAUUUGGAGCCUAUCAGGCUCAAGUACAAAAAUGAUGCUGAGGGAGUUGGCUAUGAGGCCAAAGAUGACCAAUGGGUGGCUCACAGAGAAGAAUUCAACAACAUUCUUGUUGCUUUAAACGGCAACCUUACUCCUGUUGAUGAAUCUGAACCUGUACCAAUUAAGAGCUUGGAAGUUCGCUCAAAAAGCUCAAAAACCCGUGUCCACUAUCACAAGUUUACAAGAGGUAAAGAUUUGAGUCGCUACAGUGCAUCAGACAUGGCGUGCAUUCUUGGUAAACGGGCCGUCGUCGAGGUUAACCAGGAAGAAAAGGAGCCGGAGGAACCAAUCGAAAGCAGUAAUGGCAGCGUAGAGCAUUUGCACGGAGUCACAACCAUACAGAGGGGAAGUAUCCAGGAAUAUUUUGCAACAAAAAUGGCAGCUGCCAAAGAGAAACAGCUUCAGUACUUGGCCAACGGUAACGAUGAGCAAAAUCUCUCUCUGAAUGAUUCAACUACUGGUGAAAAGCGUGUUCGAAUCAACGAAGACCUCAACAUUGUUAAAGAAUUCUGUUCAAAGGAGAAAAUCUUGAAAAACGAAAUAAUUGUGCAGGAGGAAGCGGCAGAAGAGAGCCAAAUUAAAAAGAAGAAGAAAAAGUCCAAGAAGCUUGAGGAGGAAUCCAUUGACGUUCCGUCGGAGCCAUUGCCCAUAACUGAAGAAGUACUCGAAAAUCUUGAAACAAAGAAAAAGAAGAAGAAGAAAAAAGAUAAGGAACAAUUUGAAGAGGUAAUCACCGAGCCGGUGAUUGAAGCUGAACCCAUCAAAAUAAAAAAAUCAAAGAAAAGAAAAAUCGAAGAAGUUAUUAGCCAAUCUGAAAUAACCCAAAUUGGUGAAGAGGACCCAAAUACGCAACCCGAAUCUAAGAAGAAGAAGAAAAAGUCCAAGAAACAAGAAGAACCAGAAGCAGUUGAAGAGACUGUUGAAGUAAUCGAACCCAAAGUUAAGAAAUCAAAGAAGAACAAAACGUUGGAAGUCGCGAUUGAAGUGGUACAAAAUGAGGAGGAGCCACCCUCUAAAAAGAAGAAAAAGAAGAGCAAGAAAAAUGAAGAAGAAGCUCCCACUGAGAAAUAUACUAAGAUGGAAAACUCUUUGAUAGAAAACGAACCGACUGCUGGUGAAAUUAUUCAGAAUGGCGUCGCCGGUGACAGUGAGCAACCCCCGAAGAAAAAAAAGAAGAAGAAUAAAAAAGGAGAUGAAGAGGCUCCCGGGACAUUUCGAAAAAUAGAAGAAAUCGAAUUUGAAUCGAAACUUGUCGAGGAAAUUAAAAGUAAACCCUCCGAUGAAGUCGUAUCGAUUCAGAACGAGGCUCAAGUGUCUAAAAAGAAUAAGAAGAACAAGGCGAGCGUAGAAGAAACUCCUGAAACCAACGUCAAGGAGGACGAGCCCAGCCAAAAUGCACAAGAUAAUUCAACUAAAGACAAAAGCAAGAAGAGGAGAGCCAGUGACGCGACUGACAAAGUUGCAGCGGUCAAUGUUAAACAAGAUGACGUUGGUGCUGUGCAGUCAACCGAAGAACCGACUAAAGACAAAAAAAAUAUUGACAAAAAAGUGUGUUCAGCAGAUCAGUUGCCUCGUGAAGCGGACAAAAAACCUGAUGACUCCCAACAAGAACUGGACGGAUCCCGAAUAAAGGACAAGUCAACAAUUUCAACAGAAGAGGUAAUUGAAACAGAAAAUGGAGGCAACUUGAAUAUACUGCAAAACUUCAAUCUAAAUGACAGUGUUAGAGUUAGCCAGAAAAUCAACCGAAGGUUAAUGCAAGCCAAAUUCGACCAGUUCGUAGGAUCCAACUUGUUAAGCAUCGUCGGCUAUGGAAUAACCAAAUCUGAAGAUGCCCUUCGUUUUACAUAGCUCGAAACUGUGUUAGAGUAUAAAUAAGAAUGGAAUUGCCUUUUCAAUUUUCGGUUGCCAUCACUGCUGACAUAAAAAUAACAAGACGAAAUUGAAUUAUAUACGAAACUUUC